AUGGUGUCAUUGACAUAUAUUGGUAAUCAAUUUACAAUUUAUGGAGGAUAUCUUAUUCUUCUCACAGGUAUAUUAGGUAAUGGAAUAAAUAUUCUUAUUUUUCUAAGUAAGAAUACUUAUCGUACAACUCCUUGUACAUUUUAUUUUCUUAUUGCUUCAAUACAUAAUAUAAUUUAUAUAACAUUAAGUAUUAUUACACGUACUAUGAGUAUAGGCUAUGGAAUUGAUCCAACUCGUACUUCAGUAAUUUGGUGUAAAAUUCGACAAUUUCUUAUUGUUACUGUUAGUUUAAUAGCUUUGACUUGUUCAUGUUUAGCAACAAUUGAUCAAUUUUUAGUAACAUCGAGAAGUGUUAAUUAUCGUCGUUGUAGUAAUAUAAAAUGGGCUCAUCAAAUUGUGCUCAUUGUCAUUAUAAUCUGGUGUCUUCAUGGAAUUCCUGUUGUUUUGUUCCGUAAUAUUUCACCUAUUACCAAUACAUGUGUGAACACCAAUGCUAUAUAUGGUAUCUAUACAUCGAUAUACAUUCUUGGUCUUCUUUGUGCCAUUCCAGUCUUAAUAAUGCUUAUUUUUGGAUAUCUUACAUAUCGAAAUAUUCGUUAUACACGCAUGCUUGCUGAACAACGUAUUGAUCGUCAAUUUACAAAAAUGGUUUUUAUUCAAGUAAUACUUUUAGUUAUUUGUAUUGUUCCAUAUGGCAUUAAUAAUACUUAUAAUUUGAUAACAUCAAAUGUUUUAAAAGAUGCAAAUCGAUUAGAGAAUGAAAAUUUUGCUCUAGCAAUUUUAAGUUUCAUAUCUUAUUUCUACUAUGCUGUAUGUUGA